GUCCACAAAUCGUAGUUUCAUGUUAUGUUGAGGGGUAAUUAAGUCGAUGUAAACCGAGCAACUCUACCUCCGCUUUAACUGCAUUUCUUUUCUUUCUCCACAAGCCUAAAAUCCCUCUAAAACCCUCUCGGCCUCCAUCGCUCCACCACCACCAUCACCAUCACAGGCGUUUUCCCCUCCGAUACAAUCACCGCCACAGCCAUGUCCUUCAGCAGAAUAACUACCCGGUUCUCAAGAAUCGUUUUGACUCGGUCCCGCAACUCGGAGCUCCUCUUCGGCCGCCCUGGAAGUAAACAUUCCCAAACUUCGUCCAAUUACUUCAUUUCAUCACGCAGAGUUAAUGAUAUGGUGGUACCUGCUCAGAUUUCUUCACUACAUCAUUCUGCGGUGAGUUCAGCAAACUUUCAAUGGUUUGGAUUCUCAUCAUCUGCAUCCCCAGAGUCCAAUGAGAAGGAGAUGAUGGGGCAGUCUGGAAAUGAAAAGGAAAAUAAGGAGUCUAAUGAAGCUUCUAGUGAAACAGAAGAAUCUAUUUCUGAUGAGAAAAAUGAAUCAGAUUUGGAGAGUGAGCUUUCUAGAGAUGAGCUGGUGAAACUUGUCGUGGAAAAGGAACAACUUCUGGUGAAAAAGCAGGAAGAGUUUGAACAAAUGAAGGAUAAGGUUCUGAGGUCCUUUGCGGAGAUGGAAAACGUGAAAGAGCGUACAAGGCGUGAAUCAGAAAAUGUAAAGAAGUUUGCUAUUCAGAAUUUUGCUAAAAGCCUUUUGGAUGUGGCGGAUAAUUUGGGAAGAGCUUCUUCUGCUGCAAAAGAGAGUUUUUCAAAAAUUGAUUCCUCUGAAGAUGCAGCUGGAGCUGUUAAGCAACUUAAAACACUCCUUGAAGGUGUUGAAAUGACUGAAAAGCAGUUAGCAGAGGUAUUUAAAAAAUUUGGACUUGAGAAAUAUGACCCCAUAGAAGAAGAGUUUGAUCCCAACAGGCAUAAUGCAGUGUUCCAAGUACCAGAUGCUUCAAAACCGGCAGGUCGUGUUGCAGUUGUAUUAAAGGCUGGAUACGAGCUGCAUGACCGAGUUAUAAGGCCUGCCGAAGUUGGUGUCACAGUGGCAGUGGACAAUGAGGAAAGCUGAAAAAGGAUCCGAUGCUUGAGAGAACUCUCCAAAACGUUCAUCCAACUUCUUAUACUCAAAUGCAUUCUUCCAACUUCUUAGAUAAAUAUAUUUGCUAAUUCCCCUUAAUCUUUAUACUGUGUUCUUUUCAGUGGUACUGGAAUUUUGGUUGUUAAGAGAGGCGUAGAAGGAUCUGAUUUUAGUUUGUUUCUAGUGCCUGUAUAAAUAAACGGCUGCAUAACCCUAAUUUGAUUUGAUGUUUCGGUGUUGAUUUUGCAA